AUGGGAUUGCUUACUAUAGGCUCUCCAUUGACUUGGGAAGAAACAGAAAAAUACUCUGAUCAUGUGAGAAAACAUGGAGUAAUCCAGUUUAUUAAUUUGUAUCGUCAACUGAAAAACCGGCAAAAUGAUUGCUUGAAAUGGGGUGACGAGAUUGAAUACAUGAUAGUCAAGUUUGAUCAUGCUAACAAAACAGCAAAAUUGUGUUUAAAAGCAGAAAAAUUGCUACCUAUUUUGCAAGAGAAAGAGAAUAAGAACCAAGGUGACCUAAAAGCAUUAUGGCGACCAGAGUAUGGUGCUUAUAUGAUCGAAGGUACUCCAGGAACACCAUAUGGUUCCCUCUCGUCUUGCUUCAACACAGUGGAAGCAAAUAUGAAGGCUAGAAGAGAAGAAGUUGAAGAACUACUGGAGUCAGAUGAGUGUUUGCUGUGUUUAACAAGCUUUCCCCGCUUAGGUUGCAAAAAUUUCACUUUUCCACCAGUUGAACAUGAUCCAAGAACAAGUGUCUUAAGAUCAUUAUUUUUCCCUGAUCUUGCAGUGUAUGGAGGACAUCCUAGGUUUAAAACUUUAUCAAGAAAUGUUGCACAGAGAAGAAAAAAGAAAAUAAUUAUCAAUGCACCAAUUUACAGAGACAAAAACACUCCAGAUCCCUUUGUUGAAGAUUUUUCUAAGCUGUAUGAUGAUGGUGAAUCUGCACGGGCUGCUCUUCCCAACCAUGUUUAUAUGGAUUGUAUGGGUUUUGGAAUGGGUUGCAGCUGUCUCCAAGUCACAUUUCAGGCCUGUAAUAUCAAUGAAGCCAGAAUUUUAUAUGAUCAGUUAGCUCCAGUCUGCUCCAUUGCAUUAGCCCUUAGUGCUGCUUCUCCUGUACAUCGUGGAUAUCUGAUAGACAAAGAUUGCCGUUGGGACAUCAUAUCUGGAGCUGUGGAUGAUAGAACCGAUGAAGAGUUAGCUCUUAAGUGUUUGAAAUCUCGUUAUGAUUCUAUAGACUCGUAUCUUUCUCCAGCUGGAGAGAAGUUCAAUGAUUUUGAAUUGAUGUAUGAUGAAAAUGUGUACAAACAGCUUCGGGAAGCAGGUAUAGACCAUCUGCUAUCUCAACAUAUUGCUCAUUUAUUCAUUAGAGAUCCUAUUUUAUUAUUUAGUGAAAAGAUUCACCAAAAUGAUGAAGAGGAUACAGAUCAUUUUGAGAAUAUCCAGUCUACAAACUGGCAAACUAUGAGAUUUAAACCUCCUCCUCCAAACAGCAGUAUUGGCUGGCGGGUGGAAUUUCGAACAAUGGAGGUUCAAAUUACAGAAUUUGAGAAUGCUGCAUAUGUUGUAUUCAUAGUGCUUCUUACUCGAGUCAUUCUUACUUUUCAACUAAAUCUCUUAAUUCCAAUAACUAAGAACAAUGAAAAUUUAGCUAAAGCUCAAAAUCGUGAUGCAGUUUUAUAUGAGAAGUUCUGGUUUCGAAAAGAUUUAACUACUGGCGAAAGUCCUCCUGAAGCAACUGCGUACAUGGCUGAAUGUGGAUGUUCUGAUGAAUGUGAAUAUGCUCUUAUGACUAUAAAUGAAAUUAUAAAUGGCAAAGAGAAUGAAUUCCCUGGUUUAGUUCCAUUAAUCCAAAAGUUUCUGACAAGCAUGGAUGUAGAUGUCGACACUCAGUGCUCAAUUCAACAAUAUCUAAAGCUCAUUCAACUUAGAGCAAAAGGUGAGCUUCUCACUGCUGCUCGAUGGAUAAGAAAUUUCAUCUCAAAACAUCCAAGCUACAAUUUUGACUCUGCUGUUGGUGAGGAAAUAAAUUAUGAUCUUCUAUGCAGCAUCAACCAGAUCACCAGAGGCACCGGGUGCCCAGAGCUUCUGGGUCAUCCUACGUCACGAACUCGUGAUCAUAUUCCUAGUGCUGUAACAAAGGCUGAAAAAAGCUAUUCUGGUCUAAAAAUCGAUAAAAAUACAUGAAAGCUUUAGAAUUUUGUUAUAAAUAGCAUUUCUUUUUUGGAACAGUUCUUUAAAUUCUACAGUUGAGAGAAUAUAAUUGUUGUUGAAAGUAUGUGAAGUUAAAGAACCGCUUAUUUGAACUUACCUGCCCUGUAAAUGCUUCUUUGCUGCAAGAACUGUCCUCUAAUAUUUUGCUCUCUUUUAUGUGCAACAUGAGACUUUUGGAAGAAUUUUCAUCAGGGGCACAACAGGGGCAGGAUUUAUCCCCUCAUCUAAAAAAUCAUUUGGUUUUAGGAUAUAUUAAUAAUUUGGCUGAUAUGUGUAUAAGUAAGGAUUGUAUGAGCCCCUCUUACUUUCCCCCUAUCUCCCGGGAAAUGACCAACCCUUUCUGGCUGUGCCAGUGGCUACCAUCAUUUAUUUUUCUUGAGUAAAUUUUCUUCCAAAGUUGCAUUUUACAUUGUCUUCACUGUUUGAUUUAUUCUGUAUUGUUUUAUUUUAUCAUGCUUUAAAGUAAUUUUUUUAAAUGUACUUCGCUGAGAAAGAACAUUGAUCAUUGUUAGGGAGCUUAAUUUGAAACUUUUCUAUUUUUCAUGUUUUUCCAAAUAUGUUCAGAGCUAACUUGUGAUCUAAAAACUUUGAAAUACCUAUGUAAGAAGCAAAUUGUUUGGUUUUAUAUACAAGUGCAAUAAUUAUAUUUUAUGCAUUUUAAAGCUUAAUUAGAGAAAUUACAUUGAAACUUUUAAGAAUUGUAGCAAAAUCUAGGUUAAAAGAUGUGUGCAUUUUAGUAAAUCCGUAACAGGGGAGGUAAAAAAAUAGGGCAUAACAGGGGACAUGAGGUCUCAGAGACCGCUCUUUUUUUUAAUUUAAAAAAAAAAAAUUGUGUAAUUAAGAUACAUUCAUAUAAUUUCCCUUAAAUGUUCUUUGCACUUUUAUUUGCACGGAUUUCUUUUUUUUUAUUUUAUUUUGAGUUAAAAUACACCUUUUUUAAGGGAUUUUAACUAGAGCCUUAAGAUUUUCCGAUAGAAAUCGUGUGCUGCAGUAAAAAAAUUACUACUUGCAAUAAAAACGAAUUAAUUAUUAAUUAAUGAUUUUAUUUUAGUUAAAUAUAUACAGAACAUUUUAAUAUCAGAAAAUUGAUUAUAUUAUAUUACAGGACAAAUUUGAUAGUCCUUUAAUUAUUAGUAUUUUGUGUCGUAUUUCCAGGAAUAAUUCAGACGCCAUUGACCAUAGAACAUCAUUGCGUUACUUUUGUAAACAUUUCAAACAACUCUCAACCUCAACUAGAAAAUUUUGCAUCUCUUUCUCGUAAUGCGGAUAAGAUAAAUGGAUUAUUCUCCGCAGUCCUAACGAUAAGAGCCAUGUCUACUACUGCCGAAAAUUGUAAUUCAGAAGGGCAGGUGCGGUUUCACAGACUGCUUCUAAAGAAGGUUAUGAAAUUUAAACCAGAUGCACUCACCAAAAGAUAAGCAAGGGAGGUGUUCAAGGUCACAAUACAAAACCCAUUCAAUCAGACUGAAAAUAAAAUAAGGGUGGCAGGGUGAACUCUUGAGCAGUCUGUGCGACCAGAUGUCUCCUAUUCAGGGUAAAACGAGGAGUGUUUUCACUUCGAGAGAAGAUUUUUAUUAACUCGAUGGACUUCUUUUAAAUUCUUAGCAUGAGCAUCGCUGUGUGGGUAUGACUUGUUAUUAAUAAAUAUCCUUUGGUGCAUAAAUAUAAUUAAAAUGAAAAAUGGUAUUGCUUUUCUCACCUGUUAAAUGAAGUGUGACUUUAGGAUAGCAGUUAUAAAAUUGAAUUUUUACAAAAAUCGAAUGGGGAGAAAUAAUUUCUUUGGUAAAUAAGGGGUGCAGGUAUAAAGAGUUUGGAAACCACUGGAUUAUUUUGAUGAUGCUAAAAGUAAAUAUUUGAGGAUUUUCCCUUUUGGUUGAAAUAAUUGCAAAUAAAGAAAUGAAAUCCUGAGAUCAAUUUUGAUAAUUAUAUGUCUAUGACAAUAAAAAAAGUUAAAUAUCAUUCUUAUUUUUACUAUAAAGAAGUUAUUCAUAUGAAUGCUCCUUUGCUUUCCCAUCCAACUAAAGCAUCCUUUCUGUCUACAAGGUUCUACAGAUUUCUAUAGCCAAGUAAAAAAACGUUCAAAAUCAUUUUUUCUUGAAAAAAUAUAUUAAUAUAUUACAUAUCUAGAAAACCAAAGUAAGAAUAUAUAUAUUUUAACUUCUUUGUUAAUUACCUUAGGUUAGAUAAAGCUUAAUGUUUUGUGUUUAAUCAUGUAUUCAUCUAAUAUUAUUAUUGUUUUCUGAAUCAGUAACUGAUGCAGUUUUUAAUAGGUUAUAAAUUUAGCAUAUUUUAUUUUUCCACCAUAGAAAUCAGUUUUGGUGCAGAAUUCUUUAAUGGGAUGUCUCGUGAAAAGGGUAAAUGUUAUGCAAAAAAUACACCUUAAGGUUUGAAGUGGCCCAGUUUGAUGUUGUAAAUUUUAACGUGGAGUCCACUUGUGGCCCAGAAAAUAUUAUCGAAGACUUUUUUUAAUUCAGUAUUCAGGCUGUCAAUAAUGCUACCAGGAAUAGCUUCAGGGUGCAUAAGCUUUAUUUUUAUGGAAUUGAGUUGUAAUCUAGGACAUUUGUACCAGUAAUUUUUUUAUAAAACAAAAAAGACAUUUUGUAUGAUUGCAUUUAUAGUUUCUCCUUAUCAAGUAUCAGUGUCUUUUAUAAAUUUAGUAACUUAGUUUUCACUGCUUUUAUUUGAAGUAUGCAAUCUGCUGCUUGCUCAACAAGUGUUAGAACCAUUUUGUUAGCAAUAAAUCAUAUUUUUAAAAAUGUAAAACUUAGGACUUGUAAAUAAUUUACAAAAUCUCUUUAAAUAAUUGGAUUGUCAAGGAAAAAAAGGGCCUUUACUUCUCUCAUCAACAAAGGGAGUAUAUAAGAUAUGCCACAAAGAUGUUUAGCACUUAUUCAUUACACUUUUUUAGAGGUUCAAACUAAGGGUCAGACUAUAUCACUGACUAAGAUUAAUCUUCCAGAUUUUCAAAUUGUGUUUUUAGUUAAUCACAAAAUAAAAUUUAAAAAAAAGGUAUUUCUCUUUUUUUUUUUCUUUGCUACAUAUCACCUUAGACUUAAGCAUUAGUAACUGGCAUUGUUUGGUGCUCUGAAUUUAGGUAAAAAUCUCCGUACCCUAUAUCAAUUUUAAUAAAGUUGACUUAUUCUGCCUUUAAUAAAAAAUGUAUUGUACAAAUGUAUGUAUUGCUAGCUUUGAUAUUGUACAGCAGAGUUGAAUAAAAUUUAUGGUUGUACAUUUUUU